GGCAGCGCACAGGCGGCGGGCGGCAGCGCAGCGCAGAGCACCGCAGCGCGAUGGCCGUGGCCGUGGGCAGACCGGCGAACGAUGACCUCAGGAACCUGUCCCUGUCUGGCCACGUGGGCUUCGACAGCCUCCCGGACCAGCUGGUCAACAAGUCAACGUCUCAAGGCUUCUGCUUCAACAUCCUGUGCGUGGGUGAAACUGGCAUCGGCAAAUCAACGCUGAUGGACACUCUGUUCAACACCAAGUUCGAGAGCGAGCCUGCCACGCACAACGAGCCCGGCGUGAGGUUGAAAGCCCGGAGUUACGAGCUCCAGGAGAGCAACGUCCGUCUGAAGCUGACCAUUGUGGACACGGUGGGGUUUGGGGAUCAGAUCAACAAGGAUGACAGCUACAAGCCUAUAGUAGAAUACAUCGAUGCACAGUUCGAAGCCUACCUGCAGGAAGAGCUGAAGAUCAAGAGAUCCCUGUUCAACUACCACGACACGCGGAUCCACGCCUGCCUGUAUUUCAUUGCUCCCACCGGACACUCCCUCAAGUCCCUGGACUUGGUCACCAUGAAGAAGCUCGACAGUAAGGUGAACAUCAUCCCCAUUAUUGCCAAGGCUGACACCAUUGCAAAGAAUGAGUUGCACAAGUUCAAGAGUAAAAUCAUGAGCGAGCUGGUCAGCAACGGCGUCCAGAUCUACCAGUUCCCGACGGAUGAGGAGACGGUGGCCGAGAUCAAUGCCACCAUGAGUGUCCACCUUCCUUUUGCCGUGGUUGGCAGCACCGAAGAAGUGAAGAUCGGCAACAAGAUGGCCAAAGCCAGGCAGUACCCCUGGGGCGUCGUGCAGGUUGAAAAUGAGAACCACUGUGACUUCGUGAAGCUGCGGGAGAUGCUGAUCCGAGUGAACAUGGAGGACUUGAGGGAGCAGACGCACACCCGGCACUACGAGCUGUACAGGCGCUGCAAGCUGGAAGAGAUGGGGUUCAAGGACACGGAUCCGGACAGCAAGCCUUUCAGUCUCCAAGAGACCUACGAAGCAAAGAGGAAUGAAUUCCUGGGCGAGCUGCAGAAGAAGGAGGACGAGAUGAGGCAGAUGUUUGUCAUGAGGGUGAAGGAGAAGGAAGCAGAGUUGAAGGAAGCAGAGAAGGAUCUUCACGAAAAGUUUGACCAUCUAAAGAGGACUCACCAAGAAGAGAAGAAAAAAGUGGAAGACAAAAAGAAGGAACUUGAGGAAGAGCUGAACAACUUUCAAAAGAAGAAGGCAGCAGCUCAGCUAUUACAGUCACAGGCUCAGCAGGCAGGUUCUCAACAAACCAAGAAAGACAAGGACAAGAAAAAUGCAAGCUUCACAUAAAGCCUGUCGAGCCAAGGAUGUUCCUGCAUUCACCUGCUUUUGCAGUAAUGUGUCUCUGCCAUCUGUUUUCUUUUUAUAUUUUUUUUUCCAUUUUUUUAACACGAAUAACUAUUAACUCACCUAAUAACAUAGUGGGAACAAGAAGGAAGAGGGAUUGGGUGCAGAACUGUAUGAGUGGAAGUUCAGGGGUGGGUGGAGGGACCGAGAUAAUGAUGAUACCAUGUAUUCUUUCACCAAAACCAUCAGCAGUAAAUUAUUUUUGGCCCCCAGUCCGAACCAAGAGUCAGAGUUGGGUAUCAGCAGCUCCAGGUAUUGACUGGCUCAGGUGUCCUCAGUGCUGCUGGCUGCAGGAGCCCCUGGAUUCACCAGCCCCAGGGAAUGAGUUGUGUAGGAGUGAGCCCAGCCCAUGGCACGGCUCAAGCUGGAGUUGAGCCUGCUCCGCAUUUCUUCAGGAGCUGAUGAGUUACAGCAGCCCCAGUCCCUGCCGGGGAGAGGGAGGGGGGUGUGUGUAGAUAACCAAGUGUAACUGACCUUGCAUGCCAUGACAUUUGCAUGAUAAUUUGUAUUAGUUCCUGUUGUGUAUGGAAUAUUCUCUCCUUCCUGCUGUGUGCCCUGGCCAGGGCUGGGUUUGCUGGCCUGGUUCUCCAGCCUCCCUUCCAGCUCAGCGGAGCUCUGCGGCUGCCUCGGGGAGGGACCAUUCCCAGCACCGCUCUCCCUGCACCACUUGCCUCAAACCUUUGGGACCUCCCCUAAAAUCCUACCUGGUCUCCAACAGGCAGGGUCUUAGCAAGGCUUAGCAGCCCUUAUGGAAUUAGAUACCUGGGCAGGGGGAAGAUAGAGCCUUCAGCAUCCUCUUGGAGCUUCCAGGGGCGUUCCUGCACAAACUUCUAUACAGACUUCUUGCAAGGCUGUGGCAUCCAGAAUUCCAGGAGAGAAGGUGCCUGGACACAGUGGCUGUGCUGCCCCCCAAGCCCCCCUGCAGCAGGAAUAGUGUCCCAUUAGGUGUCCCUAGAACACACCAAGGAGAUGCAGGAUAAGCCAGGCCCCGCUCUCUGGCCAGCAGACGGUGCAAGUGGCUCUGUUCAAAGUGUUUUUUCCACACCACUGCUUGCAGACAGAGUCUUUCCCUUCCUUCCCAAGGAGCGGCGAGCCAUGCUUACCCUGUGACUCCUGGAUUUCUUCCUCUGCUCCUAGCUAGGCAGUCUUCUGUUGCCUUCUUUAAAGCCCUCUUAGACAAAACUCUUCCUUCCUGAGUCUCCCACUACAGCUGUUUGCCUGCUUCCAGAUGGAAUUUCUUUGGAGGAAAAAGAGAAGGCAGAAUUCUCAUGUUUUUUAAUCACUUUUUCCUCAAGUGUUGGAUUGAGAAGUGCUUGGAGGUGAGCUUAUGGGUUGUCUUGCUUUUUAACCCUCACUGCUUAAACAUGGCUUUAGGAAGAGGAUAUCUACGUACCAUGUCUUGGCAAUGGACAGCAAAAAUGGAUAAAUAAGCUGGAAAUUAAACAGUUGACCUUUUUAUCCUUUUUAAAUUUUUUUUAAAAAAAUUGUUACUAUUAUUAUUAUUUUGGUUUUUGUUGUUUGGGUUGGUUUUUUUUCCCCUUCUGGACUUGCCAGCUAUGCACUUUCCAUCAGGUUAAAUAGGUUUGCUGCAGGGUUGUUUGGAAAAAUGAAAUUCUGGUUCUUGUGGCUUCUGGCAAACCCAGCUUUAAAAUCUUGAGUUAUGAAGGAAGAAGUUUGAGUUGUUUGCAUGAGUUUUUUACAGUCACAUCACAUGCCCAUCACCGAGCGCUCGUGGCAAUAUGCUUUGCUUCAGCUGCCUCUGUGCGCGUCCUCUUUUUAAUUACCAGUGUUUUGUGCCAAGUAGAAAACUUAAUUUUAACAUUUAUUUCUCCUGCUUCAUUUAACAGCCCUUCAGGGGAUGUUUAGCAGGGGAAAUCAGCUGAGUUGAGCUUUUCCUUUUUGACAGAAAGCUGUGACCAAGUGCAUUAGUGUCUUUUUGGUUGAGCUUUUCUCCAGCAGAAAACAAGCCAUGUUGGAGGAACUGGGAAUAAACCACAAACUUGAAGAUGUCAAAGGUACUGUUUGGUUUUUUUGCCAAAGGACAUGGUAAUAACUUUUUUUUUUCCCAUCUCGAACCCCUGGGCCAUGUUUAGCUUGUUUCUGCUUCUCUUGUUGCUCUUCUUUGCCCGUGCCUUUUUUCACAGUAGCCCCUGAUGUGCAUGGAGCGAGUGACACACUCAGGUCUGGCUGGAUGUGCUUUCACCUUUGCAUGUAAGUACAGCAGGAGGAGACUGCCCCUUCCUGCCUCGCUCCUGACAGGAGACCAGCUGUGCUUUGCUGGGAGAUUCUCCAAGUCCACUUACUUGCAAGUGGGCUGGUACAAACUCCUCUAAAACUGCAUGUUCCUGACAAGGUGGAUUUCAGUCCUCAGGCUAAUACAAAGGAGCAGGAAAUCACGCUGGAAGAUGCUUUUUCUGGGAUGCUCAUGUUCCCAGGGCAUGAAGCAAACCCUCAGAAUGGAAGAGCAAAGACAAGCCAGGUCCUUGUGAGGGGCUGUGGCUGCCCUGUAGAGAGGAGGCACACGUGGGUCUGGCAGGCAGUGGGAAAGCAGGAGAUGGGUAAGGGUUCGCUACCCCAGAACCCUCUGGGGGUCACACAGUCCCUUUCAGGCAGGGCAGUGGGUAGGAAGGUGCCCCUGGAGCUCGUGGUUGUGAAAUGCAUCAUCUUGAAAUGCAUCUCCUGUGGUGCUCCAGGAGCGGGGAAAGCAGGCACUGGCGCCCACCCCGGGCUCCUCUCCAGCUGGAGAGCUGCCACUCCCGUCACCCCCUCCGUGUGCUUCUGACAGCUUGAAAUCCCAGCAGGGAGAUGGUGUCUCCCUGGGAGUACAUCCAUGUUAAACAGGACCGAUGUUUCUGCAGGCAGCUCUCCUUCUGCUUCUCCCAACCCGUCCAAGUGCAGAUGGAAAUGUCUUUUUGUGUGUGACCACAUCAGAUCUGUCCACUUGACCCCGGUCCCCCUUCGUGUCCCUUCUCCGAGGGCCCGGGCUGCACGUGCAGGGUGUGAUAUCUGCGGUGCUCUCGCCGGCGCGUGCCAGCUCGGAGCUCUUCACAUAUGAAGGGUUUUUUUAAUUAACGGGAAACAAAGCUGUGAACAGCGGUAGAAAUCUUGUAUUUUUAAUAUCCUGAUUGCCUUAAACCAUAGAUGUAGGACUUUAUUACCUUGCUAUUGGAAAGUAACCCAUGUUUGUAACUGAACAAUUGUGUAACCUACAUACAGUGUUAAUGCAAAUGAUAUGUAUGCAUCUGUUAGAUAUUGUCACUUUAUUUGAUGUUAAAAUAUUUCAGUUUUUGAAUUACAGAUGGAAUAAUAACCUUAUAGCAUAAGCUCAGUUAUUUCUUGUAUAUGCUUCAGGUUACAGAUCCAAAUAGUGCCAACACUUGAAGUGGGGAGAGGAAAUAUAU